AUGGGCGUUUGGGUCAGAGGCGUUUGGGUCAUGGGCGUUUGGGUCAGAGGCGUUUGGGUCAGAGGCGUUUGGGUCAGAGGCGUUUGGGUCAUGGGCGUUUGGGUCAUGGGCGUUUGGGUCAUGGGCGUUUGGGUCAUGGGCGUUUGGGUCAUGGGCGUUUGGGUCAGAGGCGUUUGGGUCAGGGGCGUUUGGGUCAGGGGUGUUUGGGUCAUGGGCGUUUGGGUCAGGGGCGUUUGGGUCAGGGGCGUUUGGGUCAUGGGCGUUUGGGUCAUGGGCGUUUGGGUCAGGGGCGUUUGGGUCAGAGGCGUUUGGGUCAUGGGCGUUUGGGUCAGAGGCGUUUGGGUCAGAGGCGUUUGGGUCAUGGGCGUUUGGGUGAUGGGCGUUUGGGUCAUGGGCGUUUGGGUCAGAGGCGUUUGGGUCAUGGGCGUUUGGGUCAGAGGCGUUUGGGUCAGGGGCGUUUGGGUCAGGGGCGUUUGGGUCAGGGGCGUUUGGGUCAGAGGCGUUUGGGUCAGGGGCGUUUGGGUCAUGGGCGUUUGGGUCAUGGGCGUUUGGGUCAGGGGCGUUUGGGUCAGAGGCGUUUGGGUCAUGGGCGUUUGGGUCAUGGGCGUUUGGGUCAUGGGCGUUUGGGUCAGAGGCGUUUGGGUCAUGGGCGUUUGGGUCAUGGGCGUUUGGGUCAUGGGCGUUUGGGUCAUGGGCGUUUGGGUCAUGGGCGUUUGGGUCAGGGGCGUUUGGGUCAGGGGCGUUUGGGUCAGAGGCGUUUGGGUCAGGGGCGUUUGGGUCAGAGGCGUUUGGGUCAGGGGCGUUUGGGUCAGAGGCGUUUGGGUCAGAGGCGUUUGGGUCAGAGGCGUUUGGGUCAUGGGCGUUUGGGUCAGAGGCGUUUGGGUCAGAGGCGUUUGGGUCAGAGGCGUUUGGGUCAGAGGCGUUUGGGUCAUGGGCGUUUGGGUCAGGGGCGUUUGGGUCAGGGGCGUUUGGGUCAGGGGAGUUUGGGUCAUGGGCGUUUGGGUCAGGGGCGUUUGGGUCAGAGGCGUUUGGGUCAUGGGCGUUUGGGUCAGGGGCGUUUGGGUCAUGGGCGUUUGGGUCAUGGGCGUUUGGGUCAGAGGCGUUUGGGUCAUGGGCGUUUGGGUCAGAGGCGUUUGGGUCAGAGGCGUUUGGGUCAGAGGCGUUUGGGUCAUGGGCGUUUGGGUCAUGGGCGUUUGGGUCAGAGGCGUUUGGGUCAGAGGCGUUUGGGUCAGGGGCGUUUGGGUCAUGGGCGUUUGGGUCAUGGGCGUUUGGGUCAUGGGCGUUUGGGUCAGAGGCGUUUGGGUCAUGGGCGUUUGGGUCAUGGGCGUUUGGGUCAUGGGCGUUUGGGUCAUGGGCGUUUGGGUCAGAGGCGUUUGGGUCAGAGGCGUUUGGGUCAGAGGCGUUUGGGUCAUGGGCGUUUGGGUCAGAGGCGUUUGGGUCAGAGGCGUUUGGGUCAGAGGCGUUUGA